AUGAAGAAGAGAGAGGCGGGUCAGACUACUGCUGAAGUAGGCUUCAUGCAUACCUUGCGAUUAGCAUUCAUCCGUCCAGUGACUAUCAUGCAGGAACCAAUCGUCUUUCUGACAUCCCUAGCCUGUGCAAUUCAGCAGGCAAGUCUGUUCUGCUGGUAUAUUGCUUAUCCCCUCAUCUUCCAGCGAGUCUAUCAAUUCGACGCGAGAAGGCAGGGAUUGACUUUUCUCCCCAUUUUUGGCGGAAACAUCUUGGGUGUCGUUGUGAUCCUUAUUUGCGACAAAUUGAAAUAUCAGAAGGCCCGCGUGAUCGCCAUGCAGACCGGUACACGGGUCGAACCUGAGUUGAGGCUUUACGCCGCCUGCAUUAGAACCAUUGCUACCCCCAUUUCGAUUUUCUGGUUUGCAUGGACUGUGAGACCCUACAUUCAUCCGAUUGUUCCCGAGUUGUCGGGUUUACUGUUUGGGUUGGCCUUUGCUUGUAUCAUGAUUACAUAUACACUCUUCAAGAACGAAAUCUACGGGGCUGACUACGGUGCAUCGGCCUUCGCGGGCGAGGUGAUGUUUCGGUAUUUGCUUUCAGCUGCAACCCCCUUGUUCUGGGUGCAAGCAAUUGACUCUCUGCAUAUCAACUGGUCAACGUCACUCAUUGGGUUUAUCUCUGUUUUGCUCAUCCCAAUCCCAUGGAUGUUCUUACGAUAUGGUCCCUAUCUGCGGUCCAAAAGUAAGUACGUGCCUGCCGAACCUGCGAGGAUUUGA